GUAGAGAACCGCACAGGAUGUUAAACCGACGGCACCGCCGGUCAUGAAUGGCAAAACGAUGUGACUGUAAUUCUUCGAUUCAAUCAUCUAUGUAACACUAUUUGAUGUUUACGCGCGCAAAAUUAUAUUUAAAAAAGUAUUCUUAUUAAUAAUCUAUCGGACAAACUUUUUGGAACAUUCCGUAGUAUAUAUUGUAAAAGGAAAAAUUAAUUGCUUGGGCUGGAAAAUAUCGACAAAUAUUGAGAACAUUUCCGCGCCAAAGAGACAGGAACCCCUGUUCCUUAGGUAUUCUAAUAAGUGCAUUUAAAACGCCAGAGUAUGCGGAUCGUUUCGCAUGUCCUAUUUGAUGGCUACUCGCCUGUGUCUGUAAAAUCAAUUUAACCCUUUCAACCGGAGCAAUCAUAGUUCUAAAUAUGAUCGCCAAAAUCCCGGAGAUGAUGAAAGAAGAUCCAAAAUCAACGGCACCACCGAGUAACCGAGUAUCUAAUACAUUGAGUAAUUUAACGUCAAUAGAAUCAGAUUGUGUUGCGCAUUUGGCUUGGUUCGCCAUUAGUACUAUUUUAAUAAAAAUAUUUGUUAACCUAUCUUCCUUGUAAAAUCAUAUUGUUUAACAUAAUAUCGGCUUGUUCUACUAUACAUAAUAAGUUGUUCAAAUAUAUGUACAUAUAUUGGACAAACUUCAUUCAAUUAACCUUUAAUAGCAUAUUAAUAACAGUUUAUAUGUAUGUAGUAUGUAUACAUCAUGUACAUAUCGACCAAUAAUAAGAUGUGCAAAUAAUACAGCUGCGAUAAGUGACCAAUCAUUUGCAAAAUGAUUGUUAUUUUGUUAUAUCACUUAUAUUGUAAAGUAUACCGAGUUAUGAAUAAAUAUAACGCAAUGUGCUUCUGAUAGAAGAAGACGGUUACGUUCAAUAUGGUUCAAAGUGACAUAAAAGAGAGACUCGAAGCGUAUAGACGUCGUAAACGAAGGGAAGAAAUGAUAGAAUCUAUUAAGAAUGUGAUAAAAACUGUCCUACCGUGGAAUGGAAAUAAAUCAGCUGAAGAUUCUUCGGUGGCAGCACCGUUAAAAUCCGAUAUCAAGGAUGACCAGGAUGCGGAAAGUACCUGUUCAGAUGACAGUGUAGACCAAUCACAAUGUACAAUGCUAAGAAUAGUGACAUAUCUACUGUAUUUUCUUUUAUGGGGUACCUUGUAUAUAAUUGCGAUUCAAUGUGAAUUUGGAGCAGUAUAUUUUAUUUUGUCCACAUUAAUAUUUAUUUGUCUAAAUACUCGAUCUAGACCAAAAAAGUCGGGUGAACUUAGUGCCUAUUCUGUAUUUAAUCCAAACUGCAAAGCUAUCGAAGGAACACUUGAUGCUUCUCAGUUUGAGAGAGAAAUAAGAUAUGGCAUAGGAAACAUACAUUAAUUUAAAGUUGUAGAACAUUUAAAUUUAUCACAGGUAAAAAUAAUACAUAUUUUGUACUCA